AUGUCCAACGUAUCUCUUAAAGAGCAGCGUUAUGGAAAAAACAAUGUUCGUUUGUUCAAAGUCGUUAGGACAGGAAAAUGGCAUGAAGUAGUCGAACUCACGGUUUGUGUCCUUUUGGAAGGUGACUUCGUUACUUCAUAUACCGAAGCUGACAAUUCCAAGGUUGUUGCCACGGAUUCGAUGAAAAAUACAAUUUACAUCCUUGCCAAACAAUCUCCUCAUGUUCAGAAUAUUGAAAUAUUCGCCACGGAAAUUGGUCACCACUUUGUAUCAACCUAUUCCCACGUAUCUAAAGCCAAUGUCUCGAUCACCAAACAUAAGUGGACCAGAAUGUUAAUCGAUGGAAAAUUGCAUGAUCAUUCUUUUUACAGGGAUGGAGAGGAUACACGCAGCACCAAAGUUGUCGUUGCUAAGACCAACUCCAAGGACGUGUCAGUUCAGAUCGAAUCAGGAUUGAAAAAUUUAUUAGUGUUGAAGACGACCGGUUCAGCAUUUUACGGAUUUUUGCGUGAUAAAUUUACGACACUUCCCGAAACGAAUGAUCGUAUUUUAUCGACGAAUGUCGACGCUACCUGGACCUACAACAUUCCCAGUGUAGCAUCAGUUAAAAACAUUCCCUUCGACGAUAUUUUUGAUUCAAUUCGUUCGAUCACCUUAAAAACUUUCGCUACAGACAACAGCGCUUCGGUGCAAGCCACCUUAUACCUUAUGGCAAAACUUGCGUUGGAGAAACAUUCACAAAUCGAAACCGUUCAUUACGAAUUACCAAACAUUCAUUACUUUGAGUAUGACCUUGAAAGGUUUGACUUGAAAAAUAAACUCAAAGAUGCUAAUAUAUACACGCCUUUUGAUAAACCUAACGGGUUGAUUAUCGCGACGGUUUCAAGAACAAAAUCCAAGUUGUAA